UAUUAUACAGAGUCUGAAUGGUUAAGAGCUGUUAUCUGAAUUGAUCAGACAUUUGCCUCUGAAUAGUUAAGCAAUAUACUAGCUCUUAAUGGUUCAGACCUCUUACUGGUUCAGCAUUUAAUGAUUCAGACCUCUUACUGGUUCAGCACUUACCCAUUCAGAAGUUGCCAAACAGCCCCUAAGACUUUCUUAUUUUUAUCCCAAAAUAAGACAUAGAAAUGUCAAUAAUCUCAACUUAUAAUUUCAAAAAAUAUUGUAGAAUGCAAAUAUACAAUGUCAACUAGUUACAAUGCAAAGUUUUAUUUCGAGAAUAUAAAUUUGUCACUCCUAUAUUGAGACAAAUGGCAGACCAAACUCAACAAAGCAUCGGUGCUUCUUCACAAUCAACUGCAAACACUAAUGCUAUUACCUCCGAAGCAGUUGUUCCAGACCAAGGUGCAGAACUCAAUGCUAAAAAAAGAAAGCUGACUUCUCGGGUUUGGGAUUAUUAUGACAGGGAGUGUCUUGGAGCCGGUAAAGUUAUUGCAACUUGCUUGGGAUGUAAACGAAAAUUCGAUGGAUCAACUGCUUUUGGGAGUAAUGAUGAUGUUAAUCCAAAUAAUUUUGUAAGUGGAGUGCAAGCUUUUUGGAAAGAUUUGUUUGUGGAGUAUGAUGAUCAAGUUACAUCUGUUGAUGUGGGUAUUUCUAUGUCUGAUUCUUCUCGUCGCAUUGAGAGCUUGUCAAAUGAUGAGAUUGAGUGCUCUCUUUUAGCUAGGUUCAGGGAACUUGCUGCUCAGUCUAGUGCCACUUCCAUUACUAAAAAAAGUGAGAUUGAUUUGUAUCUUGAGGAGGGAUUAGUGAGCCCAUACUCUCUUUCAUCCCCGUUUCCUUCCAUUUAUUCCACUCUGUAUCUCCACCGAUCUCACUCCCUCCCUUCCUCGCCGCAGAUGGAUGUUACUUCGCCUCCGAUCCCUUCCUUAGACUUUGACAAGCUUAGAGCGAUCAAAGUACUGGGCAAAGGCGCCAUGGGAACCGUCUUUCUCGUCUACAAUACUUCCACGGACCCCACCGCUCUCUCCCCCUUCGCUCUCAAGGCCGUCGACAAGUCCUUUUCCACCGACGACGAGCGCCGCCGUGCUCGCUGGGAGAUUUCUGUCCUUUCCCGUUUCCGCCUCCACGACCCGCCCCACCCGUUCCUCCCCUCUCUCAUCGGCUCCUUCGACGACGACCUUCUCUGCUGGGCGGUGCCGUACUGCCCCGGCGGCGACCUCAACGUCCUCCGUCACCGUCAGAACGACAGCGUCUUUUCCCCCUCCGUCAUCCGAUUUUACCUGGCGGAAAUCAUCCUCGCCCUCGAGCAUCUCCACGGAUUGGGUAUUGUGUAUCGCGAUUUGAAGCCUGAAAAUAUCCUCAUUCAGCAGUCCGGUCACGUGACCCUAACCGAUUUCGAUCUUUCCCGAAGCUUGACUCCUACAAUUCUCGACCCGGUCCACGUUUGCUCGGAUCCUGAACCAGAAACCCACCUAUACAACAGAUCCUCCACGCGCUUCGUCCUCAAGGGGAGAGGGACGAGGAAAGGGACGGUGAGCGCACGCGUUUCGCCGGUGAGCAGGAGGAGCCCGGGUUCUUUCUACGAACGCUCGAAUUCCUUUGUGGGCACGAACGAGUACAUGGCGCCGGAGGUUUUGCGCGGGGACGGCCAUGAAUUCGCCGUCGACUGGUGGGCCCUCGGAGUGCUCUGCUACGAGAUGUUGUACGGAAGGACUCCGUUCCGGGGGAAGCACAGAAAGGACACUUUCCGGAGAAUACUGGUGAUGCAGCCUGGGUUCGUGGGGAAGCCGAACGCCUUGACGGACUUGAUCGGGAAACUGCUGGAUAAGGACCCCACGCGCCGGUUGGGGUACUGGAGAGGCGCUUCCGAGAUCAAGGAACACGACUUCUUCCGGGGACUGAGAUGGGAUUUAUUGACGGAAGUUGGACGUCCGCCGUUUCUGCCGUCAAAUGAUGAGACGGAGAUUAGUGGGAAAUGCGGGAUCGAUAUCCGGGAUUACUUCGAGAGGCUGAAGGCUCCGUCGUCGCCCUUGUGGUCGCCGUCACCCGAUAACCGAUGACAUAACGUGUGGCUAACGGAGUUUUAACGAACGCGUUUGUUACUAAUGGUAUAAUGUAAAUAGUACCCCGAAUAAAUGAAGACGUGAUGAGCGGCAUUGUUUAAGAGAGCUGUUAAUCAUUUUAGGAACAUAAUCAUUAAGUAGGCUCAUAUGGUGUUUUUGGCCGUUUACUUACUUUUUAGUUUACACUUAGCAAUUUUUUUAUACUCCGUAUUUCCUCCCAACAAAUUCCGACUAUAAGUUAAGGAA